GAGCCAAAGACUCUGUCAAACACUUUCAUGUUGAAUAUACCGGAUAUUCAUUUAAAUUUGGCUUUAAUGAAUUCUCAUCUUUGAAGGAUUUUGUCAAGCAUUUUGCAAACCAGCCUUUGAUUGGAAGUGAGACAGAACUUGGGGCAGAAGAGGAACUCAGGACGUCACAGCGCCACUGUUGUACCAUGAACUUGCACAUACUCGUUCUCUUGGAAACAUGGCCAGCGGGUUCUUCGUUAACUUUACAGUGGUGGGGACAGAUGCCACCACUGGCUUUUCCUUUUCUGCUGUUUCUGUGGCCUGGAUAGGCCCUCAGAUGAAUCACACAGUAUCAAGUGUAGACAACAAGCACAGUGGAAACCACAAAAUAGUUGUCUUGCUUUAUACUGACCGCACCAAGCCUGUAAUAGAAUAUUCCAAACUACAAAAUGGAAGCUAUAAUUUUUUUUUCUGGUGGAAAUUCUCCCAAUCGGCCCUGAACGUCACUUCGCCAUUCAACCACAGUGCUUCUCAUAAACACACGGCAGGCACUCUGAUUGUCCUGAAACAUCCCUACCCAAGAAAAGUGGAAGAACCUUCCAUUUACGAGUCUGUCCGGGUCCACACAGCAAUGCAGACGGGAAGAACGGCAAGCGACCUCGUGCCCACCGCACCUUCCCUGGGCACCAAAGAAGGUUACCUCACCAAACAGGGGGGCCUGGUCAAGACCUGGAAAACACGAUGGUUCACGUUGCACAGGAAUGAACUGAAAUACUUCAAAGACCAGAUGUCACCAGAACCGAUUCGGAUCCUAGACUUGACAGAAUGUUCAGCUGUGCAAUUCGAUUAUUCACAGGAAAGAGUAAACUGUUUUUGCUUAGUGUUUCCAUUCAGGACGUUUUAUCUCUGUGCAAAGACAGGAGUAGAAGCUGAUGAGUGGAUCAAGAUAUUACGCUGGAAACUGUCUCAAAUAAGAAAGCAGCUCGACCAAAGGGAAGGCACAAUCCGAUCUCGGUCAUUCAUCUUUAAAUAGACCUUUCCUGACCAGGAUGCCCUGACCCAGGAGCAAGGUGGCAUGGUCCCUGACUGAUGCUGUGAUCUGCAGCAGGCUUCGGAGGAAAGCUGACUGGGGAUUUUUCUUUCAAAACAAAUCAAAAGCAGAUGCGGAUUUGGACCUUGCAGAACCCACCACAUUUGCGGACUCAUGGGUCACUGCUUGCCCUUCAAGAUGUCGUCGUCUCCUUGAGAAUACCAAGCAUCAUCGUUCUGAUGCGAACCGAUGAACCACCAGCCCAGGCGUGCUCACUCAUAGAAUACUCAUGUGAGAGAAGAUGAAGGGUUUUUGUUUUCCCUCACUGCAGUCCCCAAACUGGUUGACAUCAGUUGCUUGGAGUCCCAUUCUGCAUCACGGUCAGCCCAUCUGACAUCCGGGUCAUGCUGUCCACCAGGAAGGGAACAGCUACGUACUCUGACUGCUUCUACAGAAAGUGCACGAAAAUAGCAAACACCAAAAGACCAGGGGCGGUGGGGGGCGGAGGGCGUGUUGUUUUUGCUUUUUAUUCUUUAUACAGAAAACAAAACAAUUUCCAAAACUAAAAUGGGAAAUGUUCACGGUUAUUUAUUUUCUCUUCGUUAAAGGCUCAGAAAUCUAGGGGGUCCUUCCUUCCCUUCUAAUGAUAAACCUGUGAGAACUAAAUGUCCUGUAGGAUGUCAGGUAGGAUGAUAAAGAUAAAGGAAGGUAAAACCUAAAAAAGUCUCAUAAUCAUUUUUGGGGGAAAGGUUUUAAAACGUAAGAAAACAUAAAUCAAGGGUAGGGAUUAAAGUAGUAGAUAACUUGUAGUUUAAUAAUAAUAAUUGGCAUGAUUAUUAUUAUAACAAAAUAGAGCACUUGGAAGCACCAAGUUGUCUUCAUCCAACAGUUCUGCACACAGACGGAGAGACUUCUCAAGCAGAGAAGAGUGUGCUAUGCCAAUCUCUCCCCCAGGGUGAGCUGUCCCUGUUGGCUCAGGGGAAGUAAGAAUCCCCUUGCACUGAGAUCGCUGAGCACCCUGAGCCCUUCUUCGAGAGCAACUUCUGUUGCCAGCUGAAGGAGCAACACUAAAUCCACAUGAAAUAUAUGGUGAUGUAUUACACCGUAUUUUCAAGCUAGAAUAAGGGGGUUGAAAUCGGGGAACAAAAUGCUGGCAUCCUGCGCUCAUAGAUUCUAGCCCCUUCUCUUAUCUUUAUUAAUACUGCUUUUUUAGGUAGAAGUUUGAAGGGAGAUAAAAGUGGAGGGAGACCCCAAAAUAAAAGAAUAUGGUGCAAAGCUCUGAUACAACAUUGCUUUUGCAGUCCAAGUGCAUACCUUGAUAAGUAAGUUUCUUCUGUUAAACAUCCGAGACUCAGAAGUUACAUUAAAUGCUUGUAUAUUUCAACAAGGUUUUUAAUGUAUCUUGUUACGUGUAUCAUAUGAGAUAAAGCAAAGGUCACGUUAAAAUGUAUUCUGUCAGGUUCACCAAGUAAGGAGUUGCAAAUGAAUCCUCAUGGAGAUGUGCGUUCAGGUUUUGUUUUCUUAGAGCCAAGAGUUUUUCUUUGCGUAGUAGAUAUUGUUCUUUUUGUAAAAUAUGUCAUGUUUAUUUAUAUUCUUUGGUUAAGUUUAUUAAAAAGAGCAUUUUGCUGUGCCUG